GAUCUCCCACUCUCUAACACGAUGUGCAAGUAUAACGUUGUGCUGUGUACUCUCCUGCUGUGUCUACCGUACGUCACACACAACUGCUUUGUCGAGGAGGAACCUACAAAACCCAACAUAUUUGACAUUGUGUUAUUUACUCAGAGAUGGCCACUAACAGCCUGUUACAUGUGGAAAGAAAGUUCAAAAUCACACAGUUGCUUACUGCCCAAACAGAAUAAAUGGACUAUACACGGUAUAUGGCCCACGCAAUUUCACCAUACCGGCCCGCAGUUCUGCAACACGUCGUUGUCAUUUGAUAAGAAUAUUCUAGCACCCAUAGAGAACGAAUUGAAAGAAAAGUGGACCGAUAUUCAGAAGGGGUCCAAGCCCUAUUCAUUUUGGAAACAUGAAUGGGAUAAACACGGCACUUGUGCAGUUACCAUCGAAAAACUGAACAGCGUAUUUAAAUAUUUUCAAACAGGGUUGAAACUACUCGACACCUACAACAUGAUAGACGUGCUCAAAAAAGCGAAUAUUGAACCAGGUGAAAAGUAUAUGAUAAAUGAUUUAUUACGUGCAGUUCAAAAGAUUCUGAAAAAAAGAGCCCAAGUGAUAUGCACGAAGAACAAGAAAACGGGUGAAUUAUAUGUGAACGAGAUAAGGAUUUGUUUCGACAAAACACUACAACUGGUGGACUGUGAUGGAGUUUAUAAUUUCCCUACGAACUGUGAUAAGUCUGAAUUAAUAAUGUAUCCUAGUUCUGUACCACGCAACUAUCAAAUAAACAAGCUUGUCAUAGAUAUCUUACUGAUGAGAAGAAUUAUCAUUACACUGGUGAAUGUCUUGUAA